AAGAAAAUAAUACACGUUCUUCUGUCAACAACUCCAACAUGGCAGCCCCUGGUAUACUUCCAUCCCGGUAUGUAAACGGGGUUCCCGUUCCCACAUCAAGACGGACACUAAGAAUGAAAGAGAAAUACAUUAUCUUGUUGGUAUUCGUCACAUUUGGCACGGUUUGUUUUGGUGCUUUUAUGUACCUACCAGAUAUGAGAGACCGAGCUCGCGUGGAAUCACUUCGGGGACAAUUUCGUGAUGUUAUAGUGCCACAUCAUGGAGGAAGUGGGAAAAUUUUAGCACAUGACAACAAUGGUAUUGAUAUCCAUGCAAUUAAUGACAGAGUGCGAUUGGGGGAAAAGAUAGAAAUGGACAUGGCCGAACAUAAAAGACUUGUAAAGGUUGGACAAAAAUUGAACAUGUCCAAAGAUGAUACACUUGGGUUCAAACAACACAUUGAGAAUGAUAAAGAGAAAGUUCGACAACAGAAGAAGGAGGAGGAAGAAAGAAAGAGACAAUCUGAGAUGGAAAAGCUGAAGGAGAUAAAGCAAGAACAUCCUGGUGGAGAGGGAGCUCAAGGAGGUGCACCAUCUGAAGAAGAUGUUCUGGAAAAAAGAAAUGCAGUCAAAGAGAUGAUGAGACAUGCUUGGGCUAGUUAUAAGAAGCAUGCCUGGGGUUCAAAUGAAUUAAGACCAAUAUCAAGGAGAGGACACAGUGCCAGUAUAUUUGGAACGCUUAAUUUAGGUGCCACAAUAGUUGAUGCUGCUGAUACAUUGUAUAUCAUGGAGAUGAUGGACGAAUAUAAAGUAGCAAGGGAUUGGAUUGCUGCAAAUUUGAACUUUGAAGGAUCUUCAGAAUUGUCUGUAUUUGAAACAAACAUUAGAUUUGUUGGAGGAUUACUAGCUCUGUAUGCCUUAACUGGUGAUAAGAUGUAUAAAGAGAAAGUUGUUAAAAUAGCAGAUAAAUUAUUGCCAGCAUUUAAUACGCCAUCAGGAAUACCCAACUCCAUGGUGAAUGUCAGAACAGGUGGAUCAAGAAACUGGGGUUGGGCUUCAGGUGGUUGUUCUAUUUUGGCAGAAUUUGGAUCCUUUCAUUUAGAAUUUGUUUAUCUAUCUGAAAUAACUGGAAAUCCAGUUUACAGAGAGAAGGUUAAUAAGAUAAGAGAAGUAUUGAACCAGUUAGAAAAACCUGAUGGACUGUAUCCAAACUACCUGAAUCCUAAAACAGGUAGAUGGGGCCAACAACAUGUUGCUAUAGGAGCACUUGGAGACAGUUUUUAUGAAUAUUUAAUAAAGUCAUAUGUACAGUCUGGAAACAAAGAUGAACUUGCAAAGAAAAUGUACUUUGAUGCAGUUCAGGCCAUGGAGAAAAAAAUGUUACAAAAAUCUAAAAGUGGAAUGGUAUACUUAGCAGAAUAUAAAUCAGGAAGACUAGAGCAUAAAAUGGACCAUUUAGGAUGUUUCUGUGGUGGUAUGUUUGCUUUGGGGGCUAAACAUUCAGAUGAUAAAGCAAAAUACAUGAAACUAGGAGCAGAUAUAGCACACACCUGUCAUGAGUCUUACGAUAGAUCAGCUACAAAACUAGGACCAGAAGCAUUUAGAUUUGAUGGACAGACAGAAGCCAAAUCUAUUAGACAGAAUGAGAAAUAUUAUAUAUUAAGACCAGAAGUAUUAGAAACUCACUUUUAUAUGUGGAGAUUUACAAAAGAACAAAAAUACAGAGAUUGGGCAUGGGAGGCUGUAAAUGCAUUAAACAAGCAUUGUAAAGUUGAUGGUGGAUUUACAGGAAUAAGAGAUGUCUAUCAGGAACAUGGAUCACAGGAUGACGUGCAGCAAAGUUUCUUUUUAGCAGAAACUUUAAAAUAUUUAUAUCUGACAUUCUCAGAAGAUACAGUUAUACCAUUAGAUAAAUGGGUAUUUAAUACAGAAGCCCAUCCAUUUCCCAUACAGGGAGCAAAUACUGUAAAGGAAAUAGAAUCGUGAAAAGAAAAAUAAGAUGAUUAGGUUUUAACUAAUUUAUGAAAAGAAGGUAAUUGUCUCUGUUCAGGUCCAUAUGUUACAUUGAUAUUGAGAAAAAAACAUGAUUAAACCCUUAUUUCUAUUUAAUAAAAUUACCCUAGUUUGAAUUUUAUGACAGGCGAAAACAUUAUUUGAUUAUUUGUUUUCUGAUUAUGAUAACAUAAUUUUACAAGAUAGAAAUAUACUAACUAUAAAUUCAGAAAUUAACUGGGUGAUUUUAUAAAUGGAAAUUUUUUUUUGACAGAAUAAACAUAACUGUUAAAAUGCAUAUUUUAUAAUUUUUUGAUAGUAGGGAAUGUUUAUGAAUUACAUAAAUACAUCUUGUGUAAUGAACUACUAUCAAAAUAGUGUUAACAAAUUAAUCCAUUGAAUUUCUAGAUUUACAACAUUGAUACACAUAAAUAUCAGGCAUGGGCUGUUCCCAAAUUAAUCAACGUGUUGGGACAGGAGGUACUCAAAUAUUAAAUUGUGGGUGGUUGUGGUUUCCUUAAUAUUUUGUAAGGAUUAUAAUUAAAAUUACAAAUUUUAUAUUAUUUGUGGUAAGGGUCUAAAAAACUGCCUCCUUUGCCCACCAUGCAUUUAAUUUUGGAACAGCCUUAAUUAAUUUUUGUCCUUAGAAAAUGCUAUAGGAAAAUUUAUUUCAGUAAAGUUUUAUAGUACGAGAUAUCAUUUGUAUGAAUUCAUACAAAUGAAUUAUUUAUGUUUGUACAUUACAAUAAAUUAUAACUUGGCCUUCGGCUGUUGUCUGCUCUUUGGUCGGGUUGUUGUCUCUUUGACACAUUCCCCAUUUCCAUUCUCAAUUUUAUGUAAAUAAUUUGUUUUUAUCUAAACAGAUUUUUAACUAUUGGUCUCCAGUAAUUUUUUAUUUUUUAUGAACAAGAGAAGAUGGAGUUAGUCUUUUUCUAUGAAUGAUAGAAGGAAUCCUUCAGGAAGGAAUACAAUUUUGCAGAAUUUAAAUCUCAUGAUUAUUUAGGUUCUAUAUAAAUGAAAUAUUUGGGGUGGGGGAGCAUACCAUAUAUUUUUUUUCUAUUCCUCCCAUUCAUUUUUUUCCUGGUAUAGCCAUAAACUAUUAACCUGUUUCAUUAUCAAAUUUAAAUGUUCUGAAUGAUCUUUUCUUUUUAUAAAUUUGAUACAAACAUACAAACUAUGUACAAAACUAGAUAUUUCUGUUAAUAAACACUCGUUGAUCCUGCAUAGCAGUGAUAUGAAUAGAAAGAAAUAAUUUAGUAUGUUGUGUAUAUUUAUGUGUUAUUUAUGUUUGUACAUUACUAUAAAUUAUUACUUGAAACAAAUUAUUUUUGCAUGAUUGUUCUGUAUUUGUAGUAUGAACAAAACUUGGUUUCUCAUAAAAAUCAUGAUUUUUAUCGUAUAUUGGUAUGACGUUGGCGUCGUUGUCGACGUACGAAGACACAUUGGUUUUCGCACUCUAACUUUAGUUUAAGUGAAUGGAUCUCUAUGAAAUUUUACCAUAAGGUUCAAUACCACAAAAGGAAGGUGGGGAUUGAUUUUGGGGGUUAUGGUACCAACAGUUAAGGAAAAAGGGGCCAAAAAUAAGCAUUUUUGUAACUUCCAGACAUAACUUGUGUGUUAGUGUAUGGAUCUCUCUGACAUUGUACCACAAGGUUCCAUAUCACAAAGGGAAUGCUUGGAAUUAUUUUGGGGGUAAUUGCCUCAAAAUUUUAGGAAUUAAGGGCAAAAAAAGGGGCAAAAAACAAGCAUUUUUAUAAUUUCAGGACAAUAACUUGUGUGUAAGUGUAUGGAUCUUUCUCAAAUUGUACUACAAGUUCCAUAUCACAAAGGGAAAGCUGGAAUUGAGUUUGGGGGUAAUUGCCCAAAACGUUUAGGAAUAAGGGGCCAAAAGUAAGCAUUUUUCUAGUUUCCAGAUAAUAACUUGUGUUCAAGUGUAUUGAUCUCUCUGAAAUUGUACUGCAAGGUACCAUACCACUAAGGGAAGGCUGGGAUUGAUUUUGGGGGUAAUUGCCUCAAAAUUUUAGGAAUUAGGGGGCAAAAAGGGGCAAAAAACAAGCAUUUUUCUAGUUUCAGGACAAUAACUUGUGUGUGAGUGUAUGGAUCUUUAUGAAAUUGUACUACGUGGUUCCAUAUCACAAAGGGAAAGCUGGGUUUGAGUUUGGGGGUAAUUGCCCUAAACUUUUAGGAAUUUGGGGCCAAAAAGGGGCCAAAGAACAAGCAUUUUUCUAGUUUCCAGACAAUAACUUGUGUUCAAGUGUAUGGAUCUCUCUGAAAUUGUACUGCAAGAUACCAUACCACAAAGGGAAGGCUGGGAUUGAGUUUGGGGGUGAUGAAUCAUACGGGGGUUCAAAAAAUUUCAGGGGAGGGGGGGAUUUUUUUACCUCCUUUUGUUCCUUUUUUUUUCUUUAAAAUUUUCCAUUUUUAAUUGGUUAUUUCUGAUUUAUAUAUAAAAGCAAAUAUUAAUGAUAUGGCUUCAAUUGGUAAAUUAAAAUUUUUAAAGUUCUUAGACCACAUUCAAUCUGUGUCAGAAACCUAUGCUGUGUCAAAUAUUUAAUCACAAUCCAAAUUCAGUGCUGUAUCAAGCUUGAAUGUUGUGUCCAUACUUGCCCCAACUGUUCAGGGUGUGACCUCUGCAGUCGUAUCAAGCUGCGCUCAGCGGAGCAUUUUAUUUUAAAACGUAAUUACUACAUGUGAAAUAUUGUGUCAUUAAAGAUAUUACAGUAGGUAGUUUGAAGAGUUGCCACCAUCAAUUUGGGAUUUGACAAUUGCAAAUGCUAAACUUUGCCACAGUAGCAGAAAUUUUUGAACAUCAAAUCGCAAAUUGAUGGUGUCAACUUUUCAAACGCAUUAAUGCUAUUCAUAUUCUAACGCAAUACUAGUAAAAUAUUCAAAUUAAAACAUAUGCAUUAUCCCAGAAAUGCUGACUACAACUGUGCAAUGUUGUUACCAAUAAUUUUGAAUGUCAUCCAGUCAAAAGUAGCGUUACAUAUCAUGUUGCAUUAGACUUACUCACAUGAUGACAUCAUUUUUCAAGUCAUGUACUUUAUAUAUUUUUUUAUUCUUUGUGUGUAUGAGGUAGUUUUGUUUUUCAUUUGCUCUAGGUAUGCUCAUGAUAAUCAUAAACACAAAUUGUAUAACUUCAUUCCAUUGAUAUAAUGAAAAAAUCUUUGUAAUUAUUGUUACUAUGUUUAUGACUUGUCACUAUGUGGCUUUUCCAGACAGUUUUACCCAUGUCAUUUAAUAGCAUUGUAAGCAAAUUUGUUUUUUCUUGCAUUAUAUUCUGUAUUUUACCGAUAAAUAGACUUAGUUUUUGAUGGUCAAUAUUAAACAUUUACAAUGACUGGGAACAGUUGCAGGCAAGACACUGGGUUCCAUGGAACCCUUUACAAAUUUUUAUUUGAUAGUACAUUUUGUACUUCUUUAUUUACAGACAGAAUCUGAUAUUUUGAAACAUUGGUUGAUAUUUUACAUUUUUUCAAAGCCUUCAUUCACAACGCUAUCAAUUUUGAUGUUGUCUUGUAAAAUUCAACAUAAAAAUACUCUACUUUUAUUUAUAAGUCAAAUGAAGAGAUGCAGUAUAAUCAUCAUAUUAGUUAUGUAACAAUAGAUUUGAAUAAGUGCCAAACCUUUCAACUUGUAAAUAAACCUUUUAUUUUCAUGUUGGCCUUUCCAGAAAUAAACAAACGAGGAAGGAGUACUCAAAUAAGAACGAUAUGGAUGCUUGGGGGAUGUGUGGUUUGAAAUAUUAGAAGAUUAUGAAACAAUCAACAAAAGCUGGUAACAUUCCUGAUAAUCCAUUCAAUGAGUUCUAUCUCAUUUACACAAACCAGCCGUGAUUAUAUCAUCUGCAAUGUAA